AUGGACGUAUGUAGUGAGAACAGCGCGACUCCCGCGGAUGGACCGUCAAGAGCAAAGCUUCAGCUCCCAGCUAGCUGUGAUCCACCACAACUUGACGGCGAGAGAAAGCAGCUGGUCUGGGUUGUAUUCGGUGGAACCGGCCACAUGGGUAGAUCUCUUGUCAAGUCCGCCUUGUCCAAAGGAGAUCUCGUCACUUCCGUGGGCCGUGUGUUCGAGACGACGCCAGAGGAAAUGGUAGCACAGCAGGACAAUGAAAAUUGCCUGGGGAUGCUGUGUGACGUUCGAGCGAGAGACUCGGUAGCGCGGGUCAUUGAACGGACCUUGGAGCGGUUUCAGCGAUUUGACGUUGUAGCCAACUGCUCUGGCUAUGGCGUAAUUGGAGCAUGUGAGGACCAGGACGAGCACGAAAUCCGCAAUCAGUUCGAGACGAACUUCAUGGGCACUUUGAACAUUAUCCAAGCCAGCCUACCCUACUUUCGUCAACAGAACGGCGGCCGCUACCUGAUUUUCAGCUCGACCUCAGGAGCUCUGGGCGUUCCAGGCCUCGGCCCCUAUUGUGCAACCAAAUACGCCGUCGAGGGACUCAUAGAAGCUAUGCUUUACGAAACAGACUCAUUCAACGUCAAGGCAACACUCGUAGAGCCAGGGUUCGUCAGAAGGGACGAGCCAGAUACCCUUGCAACGCCGUUGCCAACCUGGGGCCAUUUCCUCAUCAAACCUGCGAGCGAUGCCUACGCGCAGGCAACAUCACCAGCAUUGCAUGCCAAAAGAAUGGUUCAGUGGCUCGGUGACCGGCAGCCGACGAGCGCCGUCAAGUGCGCGGAGCUCGUCUGGCAGUUAGCUCACUGCUCGUAUCCCCCGCUGCGGCUUCUUCUGGGGAGCUAUGCAAUAGAGAGUAUUCGUGAUAGGCUGCGGUCCGUCACCGAAGAAUUGGAGGAUUGGAAACAUCUAAAUUUCCCCGCUCCGCCUGAUGAAGGGGAGGGAAAGGAGGCUCGGGUAGAUCAAGAUGAAAGCAUGGCCGACUCUGGACAGGAUGCGCCUGGCCAGGGAACUGCGUAG